AUGCCGCACGCGCUUCCAUUUGCACAAAAGAACCUCCCACCACCCUUCACAGCCCACCAUCCCCCACAGCCCACCAUCCCUCACAGCCCACCGUCCCUCACAGACCGCCGUCCCUCACAGCCCACCGUCCCUCACAGCCCACCGUCCCUCACAGCCCACCGUCCCUCACAGCUCACCUUCCCUCACAGCUCACCGUCCCUCACAGACCCCCGUCCCUCACAGCCCACCGUCCCUCACAACCCACCAUCACUCACAGCCCACCGUCCCUCACAGCCCACCGUCCCUCACAGCUCACCACCCCUCACAACCCAUCAUCCCUCAAAGCCCACCGUCCCUCACAGACUGCCGUCCCUCACAGCCCACCGUCCCUCACAGACCGCCGUCCCUCACAGCCCACCAUCCCUCACAUUGCUGCUUACAACAAAGAGCCUCAAACCAGUGUAUUGGAAUUACAAAUUUCGCGAUAAAAGUGGAAGAGAGUGGAAGCCAGUUAUUUUGAAAGCUAAACUGAUUGAUUAUUCAUAUCAAAAAUGCAUAAAUGGAACAGGAAAUAAGCAAGCAGUUUGA